AUUUGACUUCCGGUUGAAGAGGAAGAGAACCUAACAGCUUGGGGGAGGUGCUAGAAUAAAGACCUAGGGAUGGUUUGAGUUGGAUGAAGAAGGCGGGAAGUCCACUUCUCUUCCAAUCAGCUCCCCAUCUCGCCCUUUGGCAGCUUGGGACGGCCGACCGGUAGCCCGACUUAGUGUGACUACGGUCAUGCCCCAAAGUGGUCACUGACUGCCCCCACGAGGGGACUGGAGGGGGUUCCAGAUGGGCGAAGAAGGGACGGAGGGCACCGUGCAUCUACUUUGCCUCGCGGCCUCCAGCGGAGUCCCCUUGUUCUGCAGAAGCAGCCGCGGCGGCGCCCCCGCCCGCCAGCAGCUCCCGUUCUCUGUCAUCGGUUCUCUCAAUGGAGUCCACAUGUUUGGGCAGAAUCUCGAGGUGCAGCUGAGUUCUGCAAGGACGGAGGACACCACCGUGGUGUGGAAAAGCUUCCAUGACAGCAUCACCCUCAUUGUUCUGUCAUCUGAGGAGGGCACCUCGGAGCUGAGGCUGGAGAGACUACUCCAGAUGGUGUUUGGGGCCAUGGUUCUUCUUGUAGGACUUGAAGAACUAACCAAUAUCCGCAACGUAGAGAGACUGAAGAAGGAGUUGAGGGCCAGUUACCGCCUCAUUGACAGUUUCCUGGGGGACUCGGAGCUCAUUGGGGAUCUGACCCAGUGUGUGGACUGCGUGGUUCCUCCAGAGGGGUCUCUUCUGCAGGAAGCCCUCGCUGGGUUCACCGAAGCGGUGGGCACGGCCUUUGGCUGCCUGGUCGUGUCGGGCCGGGUGGUGGCAGCAACAGAGAGCUGGUGGCGGCUGGGGACGCCGGAGGCUGUGUUGCUCCCCUGGCUGGUGGGGUCCCUGCCACCUCAGGCCGCUCGCGACUACCCGGUGUACCUGCCGCACGGGAGUCCCACGGUCCCGCACCGGCUUCUGACCCUGACCCUGCUGCCGGGCCUGGAGCUGUGUCUGCUCUGCGGGCCGCGCCCUCCCCUCAGCCAGCUGGAUCCACAGGCUACUGCUUCUCCACCUGGAACUGAAACGUUGCCUCUUCACGGUGGAACCUUCUGGGGAUCAAGAGCCGGGGGCACCAGAGGAGAAGGUGGAGGAUGCAGUCCAGAGGACCCAGGUGCCAAGAGCCUGCUACCUGGUGUCCGGGCCCGAGGAGCCCGGCACGGGAUGGCGGCUGGUGGCUCUGCAGUUGGGGCCACGGCGGUUGCUGCUGCUGCUAUCUCCCCAAAGUCCUACCCAUGGGCUGCGGGGCUUGGCCACCCACACUCUGCAUGCCCUCACCCCACUCCUCUGACCCCUGGGUGUGAGCCUUUAACACAGACACAGCUAUUAGCAUCUCUCUGUUUAUUCGCUCACAAUAAUACACAGCCCCUGGACGGGGAGAGGGCAGGAGGGGCUACGAUGGGGUGGGGUGGGAGGGGAGGAGGCGCCCACUUCCCUGGCCCCUCUCCCCUCUGUGCUUAAGGGGGAAAGGGAGGGAGGGGUCUCCCCCUUACCCCCCAGAAUGUAAACAGCAGCAGAUGAACAAAAAUAAAAAUACAAAAGGCCGGAGGAAGGUCCCAGGCAUCCCCCCACCCCUGGGGUCUUCCCUGUCACCAGUGGAGGUCCCCUCGCUGCCCCAUCCACCAAAGCUGCCUCAGUCCUAGGGGCUGCCCGGCACCGGCCACAUCCCCGGGGGCAGAGUCCAGGGCUCAGAACUGCUGGGCCAGCAGCUCACACAGGUGACGAGAGACAGGUUCCUUGCUGGUGCGCAGGGUCAGCCGGUACAUCUGGGUGGAGGACAGGGCAGUGGGGACUCAGGGAGGAGGCAGAGGGGACAGAGAACCCAGGGGAGGAGGACACAAGAGAGAUUGAAGAGGAAAAAAAGG